AUGAUUAGUUUGUUGAUAAACAUAUAUUUUAAAUUGAUUUAUAAAUAAAGCUUUUUGUGGUAAUUAAUAAUGAGAUUAAAAAGAUUUAUUUUAAAUAAAUUGAAAUUUAUUAAAAGAAGAAACAAUUUGUUAAUUGAAGUUUUAGAAUGA